AAUCGAAAGCCAAUAAGCGCCGGGAGUGUUGGGGCCGCGGAAGGAGCCUCUAUCUGCGGCCGAAUCAUCACUUAAUUUUUUUUAUAUUUGUGUAACGAGACGACGUUAAGCCACAACCAUGGAUGGUGAAGAGAAAACAUAUGGUGGCUGUGAGGGUCCUGAUGCCAUGUACGUAAAACUGAUUUCAUCUGAUGGCCAUGAAUUUAUUGUUAAAAGGGAACAUGCUUUGACAUCAGGAACAAUAAAGGCCAUGUUAAGUGGUCCAGGACAGUUUGCUGAAAAUGAAACCAAUGAAGUGAAUUUCCGAGAGAUUCCCUCCCAUGUUCUAUCUAAAGUCUGCAUGUAUUUUACCUACAAGGUUCGUUACACAAACAGCUCCACAGAAAUCCCAGAAUUUCCCAUUGCGCCAGAGAUCGCGCUGGAACUGCUGAUGGCGGCAAACUUCCUAGACUGUUAAAUAAAAUAAAUUAUGGAAAAUCAAUAAUGUUAAAUGGAUUCUUUUAUAUUUAAAUACCUAUUUUUUUUUUUCCUAUUUCGCAUGUUUCCAUUUUUCCAAGCAGUGUAUUGUAUAUGUAUAUUGUUAAAGUACCACACCCUUCCUUAGCAAAGCAGCCGGCAUGAAGUGACCUGCUUGUUGCUAAUAUUUUUUUCCCCUCAUGCUGUUCUUAAUAAACCAUUCUGAAAAUAUGAUGUUAACUGAGUGCUUUAGAUAUUUUUCCUUUUCAUUGCUUUAAGACUGGGGCAGAUUUAUUAAGAGUCGAAUAUUAAAUUCAAAUUUUCUAUUUUUUUUUUUUUUUUUUGGUGUCAAAAUUCACACACAAAUUUUAAUCCCCCUUCUUGAAUGUAUAUUCCUCACACCUCAACCAUGGAAACAGUGCUAAUAUUGCCACCUAAAAACCUGCCGAAUUCAUGUACAGGUCAAUGGCUUUCCUGAGUUAGAGUUUUUUUGGGAGGGAAAACAAAUCCAAUUAAGGAUUGUUCCUAUUCAAUCAAAUAUGAGAUGUUCAAAUUUUUUCUUAAAUAGCUUCCCAUUUGAGUUGUGAGUAUAUUCAAAUUUAUUAGAGUGAAAAAAAUUUGCAUGAAUUCGAUAAUCGACCGUUGAUAAAUCUGCCCAUAAGCGCGGGCUGGUCGAUUAACCAGGAAGUCACUUUGCAUUGUAGUCCUUUACUUGUUUUCAUGUAAUCGUAUGUAUGUAAUUGUAUGUUACUGAAUUUGUCUGGAGAAAAAAAGUGGCUAAAACAUUAAAUCUGCUGAAUAUUUUAA